CUAACUUGCAUUCUAAAUUUCUGCCCAUAGCUGCAAGAUUGGAACAAUAGGCGGCAGUUUACAUCCCCUAGUAACUUCCAUGCCGAUGGAGUGAAUGACCUAUUUAUCUCUCAGGCUGUAAUAGAAAAUGCACGAGCAAAUGAAAUUUUGAAACAGGCCCCAUUCUUGAUACCAUUUACAAGCAGGGUUAAAAUAUUAUCUUCUCAACUAGCUGCUGUUAGGCAAAGGCAUGGAUCUGAGGCUGUAUUUACUAGAAACCAGUUCAGAAUAAAACGAGAACGUAUUUUGGAAGACGCUUAUGAUCAAAUGAGCCAGUUGUCAGAAUUAAACCUUCAGGGAUUGAUUCGUGUGACUUUUGUCAAUGAAUUUGGAGUUGAAGAGCCUGGAAUUGAUGGAGGUGGAAUAUUCAAAGAUUUCAUGGAGAACAUCACACGUGCUGCCUUUGAUGUGCAGUAUGGAUUAUUUAAGGAGACAGCAGAUCACCUGCUUUAUCCUAAUCCUGGAUCUGGAAUGAUACAUGAACAACAUUUCCAAUUUUUCCACUUCCUUGGCACUCUUCUUGCAAAGGCCAUGUUUGAAGGGAUUCUGGUUGAUAUACCAUUUGCUACAUUCUUCUUGAGCAAAUUGAAACAAAAGUAAGACACAUGGAGUUUCUUGCUCUGCUUUAGGUAGUUUGUUCAUUUAAAUU